UUCUCGCAUUUUCUCGCGUUGGUGGAGGCCUGGAGCGUCACUAAUUUUAAAUUGCGCAGUGUUAGCGGAGGCGCAUCUCUCGAUUGAAUUAGCUUUCUCUGCAAACCGACGAAUAUGGCAGAUAUUGUCCAGGAAAUUAUUGAACCCAUUGAGGCUGAGACAGAGGGAACAUCUCAGGAUGGCACGAAUGGCCUGAAAAUAGAGCCGGAAGAAGACGAGGUUCUUGGUGAAGAUGUCCCUGCAGAAGAAGAGGACCUAGGCCUGGGUGAUGACGAGGUCCUUGGAGAUGAGGUCCUUGGUGAUGAUGAUACCCUUCUCGAUGGUGACCCUAUCGAUGACGCCCCUAUCAAUGAUGCCGAAACCCUUGCAGAUGACCCUACUGAUGCCCCAACCCAAAAUACUAAGUCUGAGCUCAAAGAAAAGAUGUCCGGAGGAGGCCGCAAAGGGAACCGCUUCCACCCCUACAAAGAGAAGCAGGUCACUGGGGACAAGAAGGGCGGAGGAGGGGGUCACAGGAACCGUGUGUUCAUUAGCAAUAUCCCCUAUGACACGAAGUGGCAGGCUAUUAAAGAUCUGAUGAGAGAAAAAGUUGGUGAGGUUACAUACGUGGAGCUCUUUAAGGAUGCUGAAGGAAAGUCAAGGGUAAGUGAUGUGGACCAACUCACUGCACGAGGUUUUAAAUGCCCUCCACUGCAGUAUAUCUUUAUUUACCAAGUGUUCUGUAAGGCACUGAUCCAAGGGGUUAUCCAUGUAUGUCUAUGGGAUGAUAUGUUGGUGGCUGUUAGCUUUGUGAAGAAGGCCAUAGAAGUCAUGAACAAAUAUGAUCUGAAUGGAAGACCCCUCAAUAUCAUGGCGGAUCCUGAUGGUGAGCGUGCGCGUGUGCUGCAGCGUACAGGGGGAUGUACCCUGGAGGGAGGCAGAGGUGGAGGGGGACCGGGUGGUGUAGGUGUACCCCCAGCCAUCGCCUAACAACCUAGCGUCCCCCAUGAAGUUAUCAGCUCUCUACGGGUCGGACGCCCCGCAGGGACCACUGUGUUCGUAGCCAACCUGGACUUCAAGGUGGGCUGGAAGAAGCUGAAGGAGGUGUUUGGUAUGGCAGGAACAGUGAAGAGGGCUGACGUGAAGGAGGAUAAGGAUGGGAAGAGCAGAGGGAUGGGGACUGUUACCUUCGAACAGGCCCUGGAGGCUGUACAGGCUAUCU